UGUUGCAAGUGUUUGUGAUUUUUUUUUUAAUGCUGGGCGAAGAAACUGUUAGUGUACCAGGUUGUGAGAAAGAAAAGAUGUUGAUAGCUAGAAGAGUCUAAAAUAAAAGCUUCAUUUGAAUGUAUUUGCAUUUUAAACCUUUAGCUUAAACUAAGUUCCUCGUAAGGAUUUAAAACUCGACAGUUUAUCCACCACGAGAAAAGAAGAUGCACCCCUCUGCCUAGCUACACAGCACGCACCGCUAUCAUGCCUGCUUUCUUGGCCGUUUUACAAGAUAUGUGGUGCGUGCUAGCCAGAUAGCCGUGUCUCAAGUUGAUGUUAGCUGGCUGCAGAAAGCGAUGCAAAUUAUCCCUGGACCGAACUUCUUUUAAGUUGAAAUAAUUUCGAAUGACUCUUUUAUAAAAUAUGAAAGAGAACACCAUGCUGAUAUCCGAAGACCAAAAUGAGGGGAGAGAGGCCCGGCCUCACCCAACCUUGUAAGGUUGCCUGUCCCAUGGAUGCAUAGCCAAAUCAGGCCAUUUCCUCCUGUGUCGGCUUAAUCUGCCUCUCGCAGUAGACUGACUAGACCGAACAGAGACUGGGGGGCAAAGAGGCGGAGAAGAGGGAUAGGAAGUGACAGACAGAGACGAAAACACAGAAGGACAGGAGGGUGGAGAUUUAGUGGUCUGGAGGCACUGGUGGGAGCUCUCAGCAUUGGUCCAGUGGUGCAGAGCGGCUCUGGGCAGACGGGGUGCCCCAGUCCCCCCGCCCCACCGCACGCGCCCCUCUGUGGUGCCCCGGGGCGACCAUGUCCGGAGGGGAGGCGGAUGCCGACCACCCCCGCUUCUUUGUCGGUGCCGAUGAAGGGGAGGGUGACGAGCUCCUGGACCCGGGCCGGGUUCUUGGCUACGACUGUCUGUACGAGAACGUGGAGGAAGAGGAGGAGGAGGACGAUGAAGAGUAUGACUCGCCCCCAGAGAGGCAGAUUGUGGUGGGCAUCUGUGCCAUGGCCAAGAAGUCCAAGUCCAAGCCCAUGAAGGAGAUCCUGGAGCGCUUGUGCCUCUUCAAGUACAUCACAGUGGUGACCUUUGAGGAGGAGGUCAUCCUCAACGAGCCCGUGGAGAACUGGCCCCAGUGUGACUGCCUCAUCUCCUUCCACUCCAAAGGUUUCCCGCUGGAUAAAGCAGUAGCCUAUGAGAAACUCAGAAACCCGUUUGUCAUCAAUGACCUGGACCUGCAGUACUGUAUCCAGGACAGGAGAGAAGUGUAUCGGAUCUUGAAGGCAGAAGGAAUCCAACUUCCACGUUUUGCAGUUCUAAACCGGGACCCCGCUCUACCAGAAGAGUGUAACUUGGUGGAGGGAGAGGACCAUGUGGAAGUGAACGGAGAGGUGUUUCAAAAGCCGUUUGUGGAGAAGCCAGUUAGCGCCGAGGACCACAACGUCUAUAUCUAUUACCCCACGUCAGCAGGGGGUGGCAGCCAAAGACUAUUCCGGAAGAUUGGCAGCAGAAGCAGCGUUUACUCUCCUGAGAGCAACGUGAGGAAAACAGGGUCCUACAUCUACGAGGAGUUCAUGCCAACGGACGGUACUGACGUGAAGGUGUACACGGUGGGGCCAGACUAUGCCCAUGCGGAGGCCCGCAAAUCGCCAGCGCUGGACGGAAAGGUGGAGCGGGACAGCGAGGGCAAAGAGGUCCGGUACCCCGUUAUCCUGAAUGCCCGAGAGAAACUCAUCGCCUGGAAAGUCUGUCUCGCCUUCAAGCAAACUGUGUGUGGCUUUGAUCUGCUGCGUGCCAAUGGACAGUCAUACGUCUGUGACGUGAACGGCUUUAGCUUCGUGAAGAAUUCCAUGAAGUACUACGAUGACUGUGCAAAAAUUCUGGGGAACAUCGUCAUGCGAGAGCUGGCUCCUCAGUUUCAGAUCCCCUGGUCCAUACCGCUGGAAGCUGAAGAUAUACCUAUCGUCCCCACAACCUCAGGAACUAUGAUGGAGCUUAGGUGUGUCAUUGCCGUGAUUCGCCAUGGCGAUAGAACUCCCAAACAAAAAAUGAAAAUGGAGGUCAGACAUCAAAGAUUUUUUGACCUCUUUGAAAAAUGUGAAGGAUAUAAAAGUGGCAAGCUAAAAUUAAAAAAGCCAAAGCAGCUACAGGAAGUAUUGGACAUUGCCCGGCAGCUAUUGGUUGAACUAGGACAAAACAAUGACUCUGAGAUUGAAGAGAGCAAAGCAAAACUGGAGCAACUCAAAACAGUCCUCGAAAUGUAUGGACAUUUCUCUGGAAUCAACCGAAAAGUCCAGUUGACAUAUCUCCCGCAUGGCCGUCCAAAAACUUCCAGUGAAGAAGAAGAUGUGAAGAGAGAUGACCCCUCCCUGCUGCUGGUGCUGAAGUGGGGGGGUGAGCUAACCCCAGCCGGCAGGGUUCAGGCUGAGGAGCUGGGUAGGGCCUUCAGGUGCAUGUACCCCGGAGGGCAAGGUGACUAUGCGGGCUUCCCUGGCUGCGGGCUGUUGCGCCUACACAGCACCUACAGGCACGACCUGAAGAUCUACGCCUCCGACGAGGGGCGGGUACAGAUGACUGCUGCAGCCUUCGCUAAGGGUCUGUUGGCGUUGGAGGGCGAGCUGACGCCCAUCCUGGUGCAGAUGGUGAAGAGUGCCAACAUGAACGGCCUGCUGGACAGCGACAGUGACUCUCUGAGCAGCUGCCAGCAGCGUGUCAAAGCCCGGCUCCACGAGAUCCUGCAGAAGGACCGCGACUUCACCGCCGAGGACUACGAGAAGCUUGCACCAACCGGCAGUACAUCCUUGGUGAAGUCCAUGCAGCUGAUCAAAAACCCAGUGAAGACCUGUGAUAAAGUCUACUCCCUCAUCCAGAGUCUCACCCAGCAAAUCAGACAGAGAAUGGAGGACCCAAUAGCUACUGGUAACAGAAACCGAGACAUCCAGCUGUAUCACAGCGAGACACUGGAGCUGAUGCUGCGGCGCUGGUCCAAACUGGAGAAGGACUUCAAGAUGAAGAACGGCCGCUACAACAUCAGCAAGAUCCCCGACAUCUACGACUGCAUCAAAUAUGACGUGCAGCACAACAGCUCCCUCAAACUGGACAACACCAUGGAGAUCUAUCGCCUGUCGAAAGCGCUAGCAGACAUAGUCAUACCACAGGAGUAUGGCAUUGUCCAACCAGAAAAGCUUGACAUUGCCAAAGGUUAUUGCACCCCGCUCGUCCGCAAAAUCCGUUCUGACCUCCAAAGGACUCAAGACGAUGACACAGUCAACAAGCUUCACCCGGUGUAUUCCAGGGGAGUGAUGUCACCAGAGCGUCAUGUGCGGACCCGACUGUACUUCACCAGCGAGAGCCACGUGCACUCCCUACUCUCCAUCCUUCGCUACGGGGCACUCUGUGAUGAGGCCAAGGACGACCAGUGGAAACGGGCCAUGGAGUACCUCAAGGUCGUCAGUGAGCUCAACUACAUGACCCAGAUAGUCAUCAUGCUGUAUGAGGAUCCUAACAAGGACCCUUCAUCAGAGGAGCGGUUUCACGUGGAGCUGCACUUCAGCCCUGGAGCCAAGGGCUGCGAGGAGGACAAGAAUCUGCCUGCAGGGUUUGGCUAUAGACCGGCAUCACGGGAGAACGAGGGUUCCAAGAAGAAGUCCCAGAACGACAGUGAUGAGGAGUCCGGCCCAGUCAAACGUGACGAACCAGACCGAGCCCUCAUGAUGUUCCGACCCAUGGUCUCAGACCCCAUCUACAUCCACAGGAAGUCUCCUUUGCCCCGGUCCAAAAAGAUCGGCUCGGUGGAAUCCCCAUUGCAGCCAGACUUUAACAAGACCACCACUGGCAAAGAAGAGAGCCCCCUGAGUGUGUCUAGCCCUGACUCCUAUGGUACCUGGACACAUUACACCUGUGGUGUUGGUACUGGGCGUCGAAGACGCAGAUCAGGGGACCAAAUAACUUCCUCCCCUGUCUCCCCUAAAUCACUGGCUUUCACAUCCAGUAUUUUUGGCUCAUGGCAACAGCGGGAGGGGUUCGGGGGGGAUCUGAGGCCCUGGUGGAUAGGUGUCCCCCCUGGUCCGCAGGUGUUGGCAGAGAACAACAGCCAUGCUAGGCCAGGCAGGCUUCAUUCCGAGCACAAACUGACCACGGGCAUAGGGUCGCAUUGUGCAGGCCUGUUUAGCACUAUGGUGCUCGGGGGCUCCUCCAGCGCUCCUAACCUGCAAGAUUAUGCGCGCGCGCACCGUAAAAAGCUGACCUCCUCUGGCUUCUUAGAUGAGGCCACGCGUGGUUCUGCCGUAAAAAGAUUUUCUAUCUCAUUUGCGCGACACCCAACCAAUGUGUUUCCCAGUAUGUUCUGUGGGUUUGAGCUGUAUUCAAUGGUUCCCUCGAUCUGCCCACUGGAGACCCUUCAUAACUCACUCUCCUGGAAGCAAGUGGACGACUUCCUGGCGUCAAUUGCAAAUGCUCAAGAUUCCUUUUUGGACAUCUCGGCCUCCUCCCCAGCUGUUCCAGCAAAGAAGGCUCCGCUGAAUACUUACACUCCAGCCAAGAUUUUACCAUGUCCAUUCACCCAGUCAUUAGCAAAGCAGGCCUCUGAAAGGGCAGCUUCAGUGACCGAGGGCACAUCAAGCCGACGGGCUACGUCUAGCCUGGCUGACCCUAGGGGGACAAGCAAGGCAUCAAAGGAGAGCUCUCCCCUUUGCACAUCAACGCCCAGCAAAACAGAGCCUACCAGAGUUGGCCAUAACCAGCAAGGCCCCAGUUCCAUCCAAGCCCCAGCACAGUCUGCAGCCUGUCCAAAAGCAGCCACUGCAACACCGGCAAAACCACAGGAGGAUGGAGAACUGAAGACAGCUACGUCUACCUUGGAAAGCAGUGGUGGGACCAUACAAGAGACUUUAUCUCACGAGGGCUCAGGAGACAAGACCAAGAGAAAAGUUACCGAUGGCACAGUCUCUGAUGUUGAGGUGCACACUGAGCCAGUGGUACCCAGCACCCCAAACGAUCACAGUCCAUUUCAGACUUUAAGCAAGGGUCAAUAAGCAAAUAAACUAGUCUUGGUUUUGGGACUUGAAUUUACGAGUUACACAAACUGAAUGUGCCAUAAAGGUGCAAACCGUCCUAUGAGUUCUUUCCCUGUAAGAAUCCUAAUGUCCGAUUUAGUGUAGAAAGGAUUACACCUAUCACUUGAACUUUUAAGAUUAGCACAUUUUAAGAGGUUACAAAUCCACAGUACAAGGAUGCCAUAUUGAGGUUCACAGAACGUAGCUGUGUUGUGUAUUGUGGAACAGACACAGAAAGCCAUCAUUUUCUUGUCAGGCUGUUCAUAUCCUUGUGUUGCUGUUGUUACUGUCUAGCUUUUUUGUAUAUUUGAAUGUAAAAGCAGUUGUUAAUGAUAAAAAAAAAAAAAAAAAAAAAAAAGUGUAAGAAAAUUCUUUUGUCAGGAAUGGUUACUGUUUUUGAAUAUGCUGCAGCCAAUGUUUCCUUGUGGAAAAUUCCAGAAUGGAGCUAAAUAAAAUGGAUGAGGUUUCUCAUUCAGAGAUCACAUUAUUAUUUUGGUCCAAAGUGUAAAAGGGCCGUGUAAAGGGUCAGUUAAAAUGUACUCACAAACUGACACACACACACCUUUUCACCAAAACACAAUCACCCAAACACCUAAAUGUUUUUUGAUAUAUGUUUUAGCCAUACUGAUGAACUUGCACUUUGAUAUCUGAACCAUUGAAUUGGAAGUGAGAGUCUGCCUUACAGAAUGUGAUGAUUGUCCUUUAACAUCAUGCUUUAUUCCAUUGCAACCAAACAUAAUGUUGUGUAUAUAAUGGAAAUAAACUUUGUUGGAAGUCCCUUGCAGGGGUAUUCAGUCAA